AUGCACACAGCAGCAGUGAACCUCUCAGCCUCAGCUGUGGACCCGGACCCGGACCCGGACUCCCUGCACCGCUCCGUCAAAGUGAGCAUCAUAAUCACUCUGGGUGUGAUGAUCACUGUGGGGAACGUGGCGGUUCUCCUGGUCAUCACCUCCUCCGUGGCUGGCUGGUCCAGGAGCUCGCGGUACUUCCUGCUCUCUCUCACUGGUGCGGACUCUGCGUUCGGGCUGCUCGUCAUGCCCUUGAAUCUGUGGGUGAGUUUGCUGAAGGACUACACUGCAGGGCCAGAUGUUCUCUGUCAUGUCGUGGCCUUUUGCAACGCCACCAUUUACUCCACCUGCAUGUACACUCUGGCUACGAUCAGCCUGGAGAGGUACAUCGCAGUGUUUUACCCUCUGCAGUACUCCUCUCUGAUGACCAGGAGAAGGACCCUCCUGCUGAUUGCCUUUGCCUGGUGCUUCCCUCCCUGUUUACUGUCGCCAAUAUCGUUCCCAGAUGGCAUCAUCGAGGUCCACUUCUCCACCGCGUCACUGGUCUGCAACCCGUCCUACUCCACCAAUGUGGGCUACUCUCUGAGUCUGACGUGUCUCAUCUUUUUCCCCUGCUCCGUCAUCAUGACCUUUGCCAACCUGAGAGUGUGGUGCGCUGCCAAGAGGCAGAGACUCAAACUGCGCCAGUACGACUGCGCGCGCCGCAGCAGACACAAUGUGGCGUCCAGGGUGCUCGUGCCAGUCAUGGCAGCCUACUACACCUGCUGGACCCCCUGCAUGGCAGCUAUGAUCUACAAUGCAGUCUCGGGCAGCAGCGUGCCAGAGUGGAUAGAGUUUGUGGUGGUGUGGCUGCCGACCUCCAACGGCUUCCUCAACUGCAUCUUCUACUUCUGGAUAAACCGCAGCUUCCGCAGAAAGUUCCACCUCGUCCUGCAGAGGCUGACCUUUGCCCUUUGCCCCAAACUGGCCGACACGUUCGAAUGCUGCAACGCUUCGAAAACCCAGUUUGUGUCGGUUCUGGACAACAACAACGCGGUCCAUGGACGCUCCUCCAGCGUAUCGUCCACAUGCACCCUGCUGUCUUUAGCUUAGGAUGUCUGAACUGGGAUCCACUAAAACUGGGUAAUUGAAACAUUCUUAAGUAAGACAUGGAGUAAUAAAUCAUUUUGCAAUGUAAAAAAGGUUGAUCUUAAGACUAUAAUGGGAGGUAUUUGUAAAAGUCACUGUACAGUUCAAUUUGAGUCAUAUUAAUGUUUGUAUAAAAUUCCUUUUUUUAUUUUUUAUCAAUUUUCCAUCUCAGAAUAGUGUUCAGUUGACAAGAACACUUCAUUUAUAAUUUAUUUGGAUUAUCCUUGGUUGUUUUACUCACGCACACAGUGUUAACUGUCAGAGACGACCUCUUAAAACACCUUUUUAGUUAUUUUAUAGUUGGCCAUCCAUCCACCUCGUCUGGGCUCCAGUAAGAUCCGUCAUUAUUCUGCGUACAGCUAUAAAACCAGGCUUUUAAUCGUGUCAGCUAUUAGCAUAUUUAGACUUUUCGCUCAGUCAACACAUUUCACUUCAAACAAACUGAUAUUUAGACCUUUUAUCUGCCGGAGACAUUUGCUGUCUGAUUACAAGCACUUUGAAGGGUCUGCCACACCUUCAAUUUAAACUGUGUUGAAGGCCUUGGCAUACAACAGCUGGGAGACGUUAACCUUUAAGUCCCAUCAUUUCACCGUAUGCAAGGAGAGAAAAGUAAUUAAGCAGCCACACUAUGAAAGGUCAACAUAUUUGUGCGCCAUGGAGACAACGUGGAACUUCUGAGGUUGUUUAUUUAGGGAUGUGAAGCUCAGGGUCUUCCUUUCACUUUUGUCUUCUACAACAUGGAUUUAAUUUGUUAAUAAUAACAAUAAUAAUAAUAAUAAUAAUAAUAUACAUGUCUGCUUCGUUUGUCAGGGUGCAGGUGGAUUUAAAAGCAAAAGUUGGAGUUUAAUCUUCCAAAAAAGUUCAGAAGAAACAGAAAUUCCAAACAGUUUUAUGAGAGUUAUUUUAACUUUUCUGUUGCUGCUUGGUUCCAAACGCUUGCCUUCAGUGUGAUCAGUGUGUUCUGCACCUGAUGAU